AACUGUCACUUACGUGACUUACGUCACGUCAGUUCGGAGAUCUCUGUGCCUGACUAAUCCACUAUUUUCAAUGAAAAUAAACAAGUAAUUAUAAAACGCGACCACCAAUGUUCUCUAAAACACCCUCCGUUACUAUCCAUUGAUACACCGAUCAUCUCAACUGAUUACUACAGGGGAUAGUUUGUGAAUUACAGUUAAAAAUGAAGUACUCAACAUCACCAACCCCAAGCACUAGUUCUACGUUUAAUUUCCCUCGUAGUACUUCUCCUUUGCCCGCUCCAGCCAACUACCAGCCCACGACGGCCAGCGCAGCGGUCAAGCGGUACAAAUACUUGCGGAGACUGUUCAAAUUCAAUCAGAUGGACUUCGAAUUCGCGGCGUGGCAAAUGGUUUACUUAUUCGUGUCGCCCCAGAAAGUUUUCCGGAAUUUUAAUUAUAGAAAACAUACCAGAUCACAGUUUGCCAGAGAUGACCCAGCAUUCCUUGUGUUACUUAGUGUUUGGUUAUUUUUAUCCUCUAUAUGUUUCGGGCUCGGCAUGGGCCUGGACUGGGGGCAACUGGUGUUAUUCAUCAUAUUUGUAGUCUUUGUGGACUUCAUCGGAGCUGGCUUGUUGGUGUCCACUUUCUUUUGGUACAUAAGCAACAAAUACUUACGGCGCGACGCGGCGGCGCCCGACGUGGAGUGGGGCUACGCCUUCGACGUGCACAUCAACGCGUUCUUCCCGCCGCUGUCGCUACUCCACUGUUUGCAGAUCGUGCUGUUUAACAGUCUAUUGAGCCACGACGGCAUCCUACCCUGCUUCGUGUCCAACACGUUCUGGCUUGCCUCCAUCAUCUACUAUCUCUACAUCACUUUCCUGGGAUACAGCAAUCUUCCGAUGUUGAGCAACACGCGCGCGUUCCUGCUGCCUCUACCCGCGCUCUGUAUCGCGUACAUCGCCUCCCUACUCAUGGGUUUCAACUUCAGCCAUAUGCUUAAAGAUUUCUACUUGUAUAGAGUUUUGUAAUAAUAAUUGAGAAUAUUCAUGCGAAUAUUUCAUUAAAAAUUGAACUAAACUAUACGGACAUCACAUGUGUCUAAAUUCAAUGUACAAUAGUUAUGUUACUCGUAUAAUAUAUAAGAAUGCAAAGAUCCCAAGUGGGGAAGCUCCACCUUACAGAAAACCGCAGCCAAAUAGCACUAGACCCUACUCAUAGUGUUGUGUUCCUGCCGGUAAGGUUACCAGAGCUCAAUGAGGGUGCGGAGUGUUAAGGCUGGCAACGUGCAUGUAACACCUCUGGAGUUGCCAAUGGUCGGCUACGGAGACUGCCUACCAUCAGGCGGGCCGUAUGCUUGUUUGCCACCGACGUAGUAUAAUAAUGCAGUUGUUAGUUGAAAACUAAGCAACAUAAAGCACCUAUAAUUUAACCACAGAACAUGUAAUUUUAAGCGUUGCGGGGAUUUUGGAACACGAGGUAAAUAAACUCUGCUGCCAAACAAAAUAUAACCUCACCACGGCUAAAAAAUAUAUGGUUUGGAAACAUUCAAAAUCAGCGUACAAAAGUGAAAAACUUUGCCCGAUCACAGAUUUCAAAGAGCAUUUCGUUCGCAGAAGAGUUCUAGAUUUUCGCUUUAACAUGUCAGCUUUUCUAUUAUUUUUCUUAGUAAAAAAUGACAAUAUGAUGAGGUAUUUGCAUGAAGCUACAAUAUGAAUACUUAACACAUAUUAUUAUUACCUAUUGUUGGCAAUAAUAAAUAAUAUAGCAUGUAUUGUCCAGCAGUGACACUAAAAUGGGGUGUAGGAUAAGGAAAUGCAUUUUUGUAAUUUAACCAUUGAAUGAAAUUUUUUGCAUGGGACUGCAUUAAUAAGUUUAUUAUAAAAAUAUCAUUGUACAUAGUCAAUAAUUAUGAUACCUACUUGUAUUAAACAAUUACUUUCUGUAAUUAAUAAAUUUUGUAAAUAUUA